GUUGGUCCAAAAAUUGCAUUUGUAAGGAAACGAAAAGGCAGGAUUCGAUAGACAGGAAGGCGAGAUCCAGCAGAAAUUGCAGUGCGCGCUCUUCACCAAAUCACGGAUUUAACACCGUCGAUUCAAAUCCCCUUCCAAACCCCAAUUCUUCUCAUUCAACCAUGUGGGGCACAAUCGCCAACUUCAAGGAGAAUUUGAACAAGAUCGCCCUCGACGUUCAUUACGCCCACGAUGACGACGAUGACGACGACCAACACCACGUCGUCAGCCCCGCCGUCUCCGAUCGCCGCAAUUCUCACACCUUUGCCCAUUCCAAUUCGCUUUCCAGCUCUCCGCCGCCCAAUGGAAUGUCCGAUCACCCCUACGCUUCUGAGAUAGAACAAUAUAAAGCAGAAAUCAAGAGACUUCAAGCUUCUGAGGCAGAAAUUAAAGCACUAUCGGUUAAUUAUGCAGCUAUAUUAAAAGAAAAAGAGGAUCAUAUUGUUAGAUUGAAUAAAGAAAAUGGCUCAUUAAAACAGAAUUUGGAUACAAGUCCCGUGUCUGCAAAUGGCGGUUACAGAGUCAAGGGAAAUAGUGACCUGUCAUCCAAUCGACAGCAAUCUCAAAUGAAAAAUCUUUAUGCUACAAACAAUGGAACCACAUCUGCUUUGGAAUCCGAUGGUAUUCAAACCAAGAUGGUAUCUAAGCACUCAAUCUCACGAGUAAAGGACAAGGAGCUAGCAGAUAUGGUAGAGGGAAAAAGUAGCCCAGCAGCAGCAGUACAACAUUCCGCUGAUAUACAUAAAAUGAAGUUGGAACUAGAGCAAGAACAGAAUAAAAUGGCACAUAUUCAGCUUAAAUUACCGGAGGAAGAAAAAUUGAACAAGUCAUUCCAAGAGGAGCUUAAAUUAUUAAAGUUGGAAAGAGACAAAACAACAUAUGAGAUGAGCAAAUUACACAAUGAAUUGAAUGGGAAAAUAUCAGAAAUUAAUCGUCUGCAAAUGGAAUUGAGUAGACAGGAAGAUGAAGAAACAAGUGACUUGGAUAGCUUCAAGAGAAUGAUUGAAUCUUUGGAGAAGGAAAACACUACUCUUAAGUUGGAAAAGGAUGAACUUGAGGCUGAGGUCAAAUCAAUUAGGACUUCUGGUAAAAUAUCACCUGAUGCUUCUCAGAUUCAGAAAAGGAUCCCAAGCUUUAACAAUCAUGUGAGCCAAAACUUACCCGAUCCUUCCAAAAGUUUUCCAAGGAAUGAAGAGUUGGAAAGAUCCUUACAUAAGCUAAGUGAAGAACUGGAGGAAACACAAAAGGGGAAUGAAGAGUUGGAAAGAUCCUUACUUAAGCUAAGUAAAGAAUUGGAGGAAUCACAAAAGGAGAGGGACAAAGCAGUGCAACAAUUGACCCGUCUUAAACAGCAUUUGUUAGAAAAGGAAUCUGAAGAUUCCGAAAAAAUGGACGAGGAUAGCAAAAUAAUUGAAGAACUUCGUGAUAGCAAUAAUUAUUUAAGGGCUCAAAUAUCUCAACUUGAGAGAACUCUAAAACAGGGAAGUGCGAGUCAGGAGAAACUGAAGAUGGAAAAUGACAAUGAAAUUCUCAAAUCCAGGGAAAUCAUUGAUGACCUGAACAAGAAGCUGACUGACUGUAUGAGCACAUUAGAUGCUAAGAAUACAGAACUUCUAAACCUACAGACAGCUCUUGGACAAUAUUAUGCCGAAAUUGAAGCUAAGGAACAUUUAGAAGGAGAUCUGGCUCGUGCAAAGGAAGAAAACUCUAAGCUUUCUCUACUGUUGAAAGAUGCACAAUGCAGAGCAGAUGUCUUGAUCAGUGAAAAAGAAGAAAUUUUAGCUAAGCUUUCUCAAUCUGAAAAGCUACAAUCAGAAUGGAGAAGUAGAGUAAGCAAGCUCGAAGAAGACAAUUCCAGGUUGAGGCGAGCGGUUGAACAUAGUAUGACAAGGCUAAAUAGAAUGUCAGUGGAUUCAGAUUUUCUUGUUGACAGGCGCAUUGUGAUAAAAUUACUUGUUACUUAUUUUCAGAGAAACCACAGCAAAGAGGUUUUAGAUCUAAUGGUUCGCAUGCUGGGAUUCUCUAAUGAGGACAAACAAAGAAUAGGUGUUGCUCAACAAGGUCCAGGAAAAGGUGUUGUCCGCGGUGUUCUUGGGUUGCCUGGACGCCUAGUUGGAGGUAUCUUGGGAGGUGGUGGUUCCACUGAAUCAGCUGCAAAUGCGGGAGCAGAUAACCAGUCCUUUGCAGAUCUGUGGGUUGAUUUUCUUCUCAAGGAAACAGAAGAAAGAGAGAAGAGGGAGUCAGCAGGAACUACAGAUAAGUCCAUGGAUGAUUCGCAUGAUAGAAGUUAUACUAAUUCUUCUCCACCACAUUCCAAUCAAAGCUUUAGGACUGGAACAGUACCAAUGAGCUCAUCCACUAAUCAAAACAUCAGUUCUCUUCCUCGUGGAUACUUUCAGAAGCACUCCGAACAACUUGGUUCCGAGUUCUCAACAGUUCCCCUUACAUCUUCAUCAGAUAGUUCAAAACUUCUUCCCAGAUACUAAGUAUACAUUCUUUAUGUAAUUAAUCAAAAGGUAUAGAUCAAUGAUAAAUUGUAGACAUGUAAUCUUGUUCAAUUAAUUCCUUCAUUUCA